ACGUCACACGGAAGAAGUGGCUGUGGAGCCUGAAGGCACCGCAGAGCCAAGUUAAUCGCGAAAAGCGGACGUCCAGAUCACAUUUAAAGGGAACCAUCAAAAAAGAAUUUUGAUUGGAGUCUCAUAAGAAAGUGAAAACCACAUCUGGCACAAUGACAGCUGCAGAAAAUGUGUGCUACACCCUCAUCAAUGUUCCAACAGACUCAGAACCUCCAUCAGAAAUCAGUCUGAAAGCAGAUUUGGAAAAGGGGGAGAUCAAGGCAAAGACAGAGGCCUUGAAGAAGGUGAUCGUCAUGAUCCUGAACGGAGAGAAGCUGCCCGGCCUGCUCAUGACCAUCAUCCGCUUUGUUCUACCACUGCAAGACCACACCAUCAAGAAGCUGCUACUGGUAUUCUGGGAAAUCGUGCCCAAGACCACACCAGAUGGGAAGCUUCUGCAGGAGAUGAUUCUGGUCUGUGAUGCCUACAGAAAGGACCUGCAGCACCCCAAUGAGUUCAUCCGCGGCUCCACGCUGCGCUUCCUUUGCAAGCUGAAGGAGUCAGAGCUGCUGGAGCCGCUCAUGCCAGCCAUCCGCGCCUGCCUGGAGCACCGGCACAGCUACGUGCGCAGGAACGCCGUCCUGGCUAUCUACACCAUCUACAGGAACUUUGAAAAUUUGAUCCCAGAUGCUCCAGAACUGAUCCACGAUUUCUUAGUUAAUGAGAAAGAUGCCAGCUGUAAGAGAAAUGCUUUCAUGAUGCUAAUUCAUGCUGAUCAGGACAGAGCACUGGAUUACCUCAGCACAUGCAUUGAUCAGGUUCAUACAUUUGGAGACAUUCUCCAGUUGGUUAUUGUGGAGCUUAUAUAUAAGGUGUGCCAUGCCAACCCUUCGGAGCGUGCCCGCUUCAUCCGCUGCAUCUACAACCUGCUGCAGUCCUCCAGCCCUGCUGUCAAGUACGAGGCAGCAGGGACCCUCGUCACCCUGUCCAGCGCGCCCACCGCCAUUAAGGCUGCUGCACAGUGCUACAUUGAUCUGAUUAUCAAAGAGAGCGAUAACAACGUCAAGCUGAUCGUCUUGGAUCGUCUGAUUGAGCUAAAGGAGCAUCCCACCCAUGAACGAGUGCUUCAGGACUUGGUGAUGGACAUCCUGCGAGUUCUGUCCACCCCUGAUCUGGAGGUCCGUAAGAAGACCCUGCAGCUGGCAUUGGACCUGGUUUCAUCCCGCAAUGUGGAGGAGCUGGUGAUAGUCCUGAAGAAGGAGGUGAUCAAGACCAACAAUGUGACAGAACAUGAGGACACAGACAAGUAUAGACAGCUGCUUGUGCGCACCCUCCACUCCUGCAGCGUGCGCUUCCCCGACAUGGCUGCCAAUGUCAUUCCAGUGCUGAUGGAGUUCCUGAGCGACACCAAUGAGGCUGCCGCAGCCGAUGUGCUUGAGUUUGUGAGAGAGGCCAUCCAAAGGUUUGACAACCUUCGGCCGCUCAUCAUUGAGAAGAUGCUGGAGGUCUUCCAUGCCAUCAAAGCUGUCAAAAUCUACAGGGGGGCAUUGUGGAUUCUGGGAGAGUACUGCAGCACCAAGGAGGACAUCCAGAGUGUGAUGACAGAGGUCCGCAGAUCCCUGGGAGAGAUCCCCAUAGUGGAAAAUGAGAUAAAGAAAGAGGCUGGUGAGGUGAAACCAGAAGAGGAAGUGACUGCAGCACCCACGCAGAAGCUCGUGACAGAGAUGGGUACCUACGUGACACAGAGUGCACUCAGCUCUGCCCGGCCGUCCAAAAAGGAAGAAGACAGGCCUCCUCUAAGGGGAUUUUUAAUGGACGGAGAUUUCUAUGUGGCAGCCUCUUUGGCAACCACUCUAACCAAAGUGGCUCUGCGCUAUGUGGCCACCAUAAAAGAUAAGAGGAAACAAAAUUCCUUUGUGGCUGAGUCAAUGCUGAUCAUGUCUACUGUUCUCCAUCUGGGCAAGUCUUCGCUGCCCAAGAAGCCAAUCACUGAUGACGACGUGGACCGCAUCUCGUUGUGCCUCAAGGUCCUGUCUGAGUGCUCACCCCUCAUGAAUGAUAUCUUCAACAAGGAGUGCCGCAAAUCUCUGUCUCACAUGCUGGCGGUCAAGCUGGAGGAGGAGAAGCUCUCACAGAAGAAAGAGUCUGAGAAGCGGAACGUGACAGUUCAAGCAGACGACCCAAUCUCCUUCAUGCAGCUGACCGCCAAGAAUGAGACCACCUCUAAGGAGGACCAGUUUCAGCUCAGCCUACUGGCCGCCAUGGGCAACACACAGAGGAAAGAGGCGGCUGACCCGCUGGCCUCCAAACUCAACAAGGUGACCCAGCUGACAGGCUUCUCAGACCCCGUGUAUGCCGAAGCGUACGUCCAUGUCAACCAGUACGACAUCGUUCUGGACGUCCUGGUGGUCAACCAGACAAGUGACACCCUGCAGAACUGCACCCUGGAGCUGGCCACGCUUGGUGACCUCAAGCUGGUUGAAAAGCCCUCUCCCCUGACGCUGGCCCCUCACGACUUUGCCAACAUUAAGGCCAAUGUCAAAGUGGCCUCCACAGAGAAUGGCAUCAUAUUUGGAAACAUAGUGUACGAUGUGUCAGGAGCAGCCAGCGACAGGAACUGCGUGGUGCUGAGUGACAUCCACAUCGACAUCAUGGACUACAUCCAGCCCGCCUCCUGCACUGAUGCUGAAUUCCGCCAGAUGUGGGCUGAGUUUGAGUGGGAGAACAAGGUGACGGUGAACACAAAUAUCACAGAUCUUAAUGAGUACCUCCACCACAUCCUUAACUGCACAAACAUGAAGUGCCUGACCCCAGAAAAGGCACUCUCUGGGAUCUGCGGCUUCAUGGCCGCCAACCUGUAUGCCCGCUCCAUCUUCGGUGAGGACGCCCUGGCCAACGUCAGCAUCGAGAAGCCCAUCCACCUGGGGCCUGACGCUCCUGUCAGCGGCCAUAUCCGCAUCCGGGCCAAGAGCCAGGGCAUGGCGCUCAGCCUGGGUGAUAAGAUAAAUCUGUCUCAGAAAAAAAGUAACGUGUAAGAGAACUUGAUGAAGACCACUGAGGCCCUCUUUAUUGAUGGGCAAUAUGCCGCUGUGUCGCCUGUGUCUAGUCCUUUUCUUCAGUCUUCUCCACUCCCCCUCCCAAAGGAAGCAUAGAAAGUACUUUUUUUUUACUGAUCAUCUCUAGCCCCUUUGAAUGUGUAUAUUUUUUUGUGGGGGGAGGGGCGCGUUGGGGGUCGCAUUUCCAAGAGAU